GGAAGGCAGAGUCACAGCAAACUUUCUUUUAUUCCUUUUUUAAUUUUCCCCACCCCCUUCCCAAUCUUUGGCAAUUAAAGAACCUCUCUCUCUUUUUUUUUAUAUCUUUUCUUUACAAAACAUCUUAAAUUAAUCGUAUAACACUGUGCAAAAUGCCUCUUUUAACAAGAAUAGCAGCAAGAGUUUCUUAUAUUCAACCUCGUACUAUAAUUGCUGCUACACAUCAACAGAUCUGCCAUAAUGCCACUACUGUUACUGAGUUUAAAAAACCCUCCCGCCUUGAAGCACUAAAAGAUCGUUUAAAAGCAGAGGAUGACACUCUAGAUGAUUUUGUGAACCCUGGGUUUGAGAAGAAGAUGACCCAUACAGAAGCUUUGGAAUUGAGAGAAACUGUGGUAGAGGGAACAAAAGUGAAAACAACAAAGCUAAAGCAACCACGACUACCUGAGUGGCUAAAAACAGGGAUUCCAUCCGGAAAAAACUAUGGUAAAAUCAAAAGAGAUCUUCGUGGUCUGAAGCUACACACAGUCUGUGAGGAAGCAAGGUGUCCAAAUGUAGGUGAUUGUUGGGGAGGUGGUGAGCAUCAAACAGCCACAGCUACUAUCAUGUUGAUGGGUGAUGAAUGUACUCGUGGUUGUCGUUUCUGUUCAGUAAAAACGAACAGAGCACCUAAACCUUUAGACCCUCAUGAACCCGAAAAUACAUCAGAAGCUAUCAGUCGUUGGGGAUUAGAUUAUGUUGUUUUAACAAGUGUUGACAGAGAUGAUCUGCCCGAUGGUGGGUCUCGACAUUUUGCAGAGACUAUCACUAAAAUUAAACAGAAGGCACCUCAUAUGUUAGUGGAAUGUUUGACAGGCGAUUUUGGAGGGGAUCUUUCAUGUGUCGAAACAGUCGUCAAGUCUGGGUUGGAUGUCUAUGCCCACAACAUUGAAACAGUAGAGGCUUUAACACCUUACGUGAGAGAUCGACGUGCAGGCUUCCGGCAAUCUUUAAGCGUUUUGGAGCAUGUAAAAAAAGUGAAUCCCGAUAUGGUUACAAAAACAUCUAUCAUGUUGGGUUGUGGUGAGACCGAUGAAGAAGUUCUACACGCUUUGACAGAGCUUCGAAAGAUCGAUGUAGAUUGUGUCACUCUUGGUCAAUAUAUGAGACCUACAAAGAAUCAUAUGAAGGUCCAUGAGUAUGUUACACCUGAGAAGUUCAAAUACUGGGAAACAAAGGGAAUGGAAAUGGGCUUUAAAUAUGUAGCAAGUGGCCCAUUAGUCAGAUCAAGCUACAAGGCAGGUGAAUUUUAUAUUUCUAAUAUCUUGAAGGGCCGUAGAGGUUUACCUCUGAAUACCUCACCACCUACAGUUGACUCUGAUAAGGCUGCGGCAACACUGUAAUCAAACCGUAGCACCUGUCUGUAAUAUAGAUAUAUUGUUAUUAUACUAAAAUCGUUGCUUUAUCAGCUUUGAAUAUUGCAUAUAAUUUGAAUAAAUCGCUAUUUUUUUUAUUAUUAU